AUGGAGAGGAUACAGAUCAUGUCUAUAGGAGCGCUGGUAUGGACACUGUCUGUUGGACUUGCUGCGACACAAACCAUUUUCACAACAACGAACAUGAUUCCAACUGCCACAAUAGAAAUGGUUUCAGGAGUGAGUUCACAACACAACGAGCAGGUUUGCAGUGUGUGGGGAAACUAUCAUUACAAGACCUUCGACGGGCACUACUUCCAGCUCCCAUCUUCCUGCAACUACAUCCUGACGUCACACUGUUCGGCCAGCUAUGAGGACUUUAACAUCCAGCUGAGACAUCAGGUGGUGAACAAUGAAGCCACAAUCAGCAAAAUCACCAUGAAGCUGCAGGGGACAGUCAUAGAGCUGACCAAAGGCUCUCUCAGUGUUAAUGAGCAAAUAGUCACACUUCCAUUUAGCAGCUCUGGCGUUUUCAUCGAGAAGAUGACGUCUUAUAUUUCAGUCAAGGCUGUUUUGGGCCUUGUAGCAAUGUGGAAUGAAGAUGAUUCGUUCAUGGUCAAGUUAGAUGACAAAUACAAAAACCAAACGUGUGGACUUUGUGGAGACUUCAACGGAAUCUUGGUUUUCAAUGAAUUCAUCAGUGACGGAAUUACGCAGUCCGUGUCUGAUUAUGGGAACCUCUGGAAGAUGGAUGGUCCAAUGGAAGUCUGUAAGGAAGACACAGUAGCUCUUGAAGAAAACUGUGGAGAUGAGAAUUUCUGCCAUGAUAUCUUCUCCAGUUCAGUGUUCAGUGAUUGCAGAGGUCGGGUGUCCAUUGAUGCAUUUGUCCAAGUUUGCAUGAAAGACCUGUGCCAUUGCAACGGCACCUCUGGAUCCUUCUGUCUAUGCAAAUCCAUCGCACAUCCGUGCCCAGAAAGUAUGGUCCACCAAGAGUGUGGAAAUCCAUGCACUGACACCUGCACAAACCCUGAAAUAGGACAAGUGUGUGAGCACCACUGCAUUGAUGGAUGCUUCUGCCCUCCUGGCACUGUUUUUGAUGAUAUACACAAUACUGGCUGUAUCCCGCACAGUGAAUGCUCCUGCGUCCUUGGAGGUAAAAUAUUCGCCUCUGGGGAGAAUUACACAAGCAGCUGCAGAGACUGCACCUGUGAACAGGGACAGUGGAACUGUAUCCAGAAGGACUGCCCACAUUCAUGCUCAGUAGAGGGUGGAUCCCAUAUUACCUCUUAUGAUGGAAAAGCCUACACCUUUCAUGGAGACUGCACUUACAUCCUGUCCAAACAAUGCACAGGCACAGAAUUCACAGUUCAAGGAGACCUGGUGAAAUGUGGUGUGACUGAAACUGAAACCUGUUUGAAGUCAGUAACGCUGGCAUUGUUAGAUGGAACUAAUGUGAUUAAAGUGGAUUCCAGUGGAAAUAUUGAGAUCAACAGAAUAAUUGCCCAGAUGCCACUUUUUACAGCUGAUGUGAGCAUUUUCAAGCCCUCCUCAUUCUACAUUGUCAUUCAGGCCCAUUUGAUUGGGCUUCGCCUAGAGAUCCAGCUUGUACCAUUAAUGCAACUUUACAUCACAGUCAAUUCAGUGUACCAAGGAGAAACAUGCGGUCUUUGUGGCAAUUUCAACAACAUUGAGGCUGAUGACUUCACAACCAUUGGUGGACUCAGGGAAGCAACCGCUUUAGAUUUUGCAAACACCUGGAAAACAAGAGCAAGUUGUCCUGAUGUCAAAAGAAACUUUGAGAAUCCUUGCAGUCUUAGCACUGAAAAUGAGAAAUAUGCACAGCACUGGUGUUCCCUGCUAUCAGAUCCCUCAUCAGUGUUUGCCCCCUGCCACUAUGAAAUCAGCCCUGAAGUCUACAAAGCAAAUUGCAUAUAUGACAGCUGCAACUGUGAGAAAAGUGAAGACUGCAUGUGCGCUGCAUUGUCUUCAUACGUUCACGCAUGUGCUGCAAGAGGGAUUGCUCUUGAUGGCUGGAGAGAUGUUGCCUGCAAAACCUACACGCUAACCUGCCCCAGCACCACGGUCUACUCUUAUCAAAUGACCAGCUGUGACCGCACUUGCCGAUCCCUCAGCCAAUCAGACAACACCUGCGCUAUUGACUUGGUGCCAGUAGAUGGCUGUGGCUGCGCACAAGGAACGUACAUGAACGAGAAUGGUGACUGUGUUGCACCUGCCAGCUGCUCAUGUUAUGAUUCAGGCAAAAUUAUUCCUGCUGGAGAUAUAAUCUCAAAAGAUGGAGGAUCAUGUAUUUGCGAGCAAGGGAAAUUGAGCUGUGCUGGAGUAUCAAAAGGGGAAGAGUGCCAAGAUCCAAUGACGUUUUUCAACUGCUCCAGCGCUAGCCCUGGAUCCACGGGAUCGGAGUGUCAGAAGAGCUGCAACACAUUAGACAUGGCCUGCAUCAGCACAGAGUGUGUGUCUGGCUGUGUGUGCCCCUCUGGACUGCUGUCUGAUGGGAAAGGUGGCUGUAUCGCUGAAAACCUGUGCCCUUGCUUCCAUAACGGAGUUGCCUACCAACCUGGAGAAAGCAUCAAGACUGACUGUAAUACAUGUACUUGUAAGGAUAGACGAUGGAUCUGUACCACAAACCAGUGCAGUGGGACAUGCAGCAUCUAUGGAGACGGCCAUUAUAAAACGUUUGAUGAGAAAAGAUACGUCUUCAGUGGAAACUGUGAAUACAGCCUUGUCCAGGACUUUUGUAACAACACCACCGGCACUUUUAGAGUCAUUACUGAAAACAUUCCCUGUGGAUCCACUGGCACCACUUGUUCCAAGGCUAUCAAGCUGUUUCUUGGUAGCAAUGAGCUUAGACUGACAGAUGGAUCCUACCAAGUUGUUCAUAGAGAUUCAGGAGAGGAGAUUCCCUACCAGAUGCGCACCAUGGGACUAUACUUGAUGAUUGAGGCCAAUAAUGGUCUGAUGCUCAUAUGGGACAGAAAAACAACUAUACACAUCAAACUGAGUCCAGAGUUUAAUGGCCACGUUUGUGGUCUGUGCGGAAACUAUGAUGGAAACGCGAACGAUGACUUCACUACGCGCAGUCAAGCAAUUGCUGUCGAAACCCUGGAUUUUGUAAACAGCUGGAAGCUCUCUAAUUGUCCAGAUGCAACCCUCAUCCAAGAUCCAUGUGUCCAUAAUCCUUACAGGGAGGCGUGGGCACAGAGGCAGUGCAGCAUCAUUACUAGCAGUGUCUUCUCAACCUGUCAUUCACAGGUGGACCCCUCUCCUUUCUAUGAUGCUUGUGUGAGAGAUGCAUGUGCCUGUGAUAGUGGUGGAGAUUAUGAGUGUUUUUGCACAGCUGUAACAGCCUAUGCACAAGCCUGUAAUGAGGCUGGAGCCUGCGUUGCUUGGAGAUCACCUAAAAUAUGCCCAUUGUUUUGUGAUUAUUACAACCCCCCUGGUGAAUGUGAGUGGCAUUACAAACCUUGUGGAGCACCUUGUAUGCAGACAUGUAGAAACCCCUCUGGAAACUGCUCUAGUCAGAUACCAGCACUUGAAGGUUGCUAUCCUAAAUGCCCUCCCGAGCAGCCUAUUUUUGAUGAGGAUAACAUGAAGUGUGUGACACAGGAAGAUUGUGGCUGUUUUGUUGAAAUGUUACAUUAUCAGGUUGGCCAGCAGGUGCCAACCACAGAAAACUGUCAGUUGUGUUAUUGUUCAUCAUUUGGUGUUAUCUGUGACUUUGAUGUAAAUGCAUGUACAUGCCAAUACAACAAUAUGGAGUACAACUUUGGAGAUAUCAUUUAUCACACAACGGAUGGGCUGGGAGGUUGUAUCACAGGCAGAUGUUCAGUCAAUGGAACUAUUGAGAGGACUUUGAUACCUUGUGAAAUAACUACUGUCCCAACAACCACAUCCACCGUGACCACAACACAGACAUUAACAGCAAACCCGACAACAGUUUUUGUCUUCAGCACCCCAGCCAUUGAAGGUGGAGACGACCGGUCUAACAAACAAACCAACAACUACAGCCACAACUACUUUUGA